UUCUUUCCACACUUUAACAAAUACACAAUACUAAUGUUUUUGUGUUGGGUUCUUGACGACCAAACACUCCAACAGAUUUAACCUCACAAACAAAAUUGCAUUUUUAUUGAGUUAAUACAUCUGUAUAGAGGUUUUAAAAAUUAGAAAAUCUCCCAAUUUCCACACGCUUCCCUUUCUGCUCUCGCUUGCUCUUUGACAACCGCGCGUUGAUAUUCAUUUGUUCAGGUAUAUUUCGUUGUGUAAUAAUGUAAUCUCAUCACUCUUUUUGCCUGUUCCAAUUUCCAACCUUAUAUGUCAAACAAAAGUUAUGUCUUAGCUUCAACUAUCCAGAUUCGAAACAUAAUUAUUAGAUGUUUUAUCACUUUUUAUAUUCCUAAUGAAGAAGGAUUGAAAUCUGCAAUUUGGAGUGUUGCUUUGGUUAAUAGGCUUAGGUGAUUAGCUUCCGGAUGUCAUAUGUCAAUAAUAAUUAUAUUUCAGUUUACGUAAUUACACCCUGAACUUUAAGCUUCACACGGAAGCCCAGUCCCUUCAUCAGUAUUUUAGUCUAUAUGCUUGCUUCAGUUUCCUCGAUUAGCUCGGAUAAUCAUGUCAUGGGUUCAUCUUCACCUGGCUUCAUCAUAGCUCAUGAGCUCGGAUACUUUCCUUCAAUCCAAUCUGAGUUCUGAAUAUCUCAUUUUGCUCAACAGCUUAGGAAGAUGGCCAUAGAUGAAGAGUCCGGGCAAGAAUUCCAACCCCAAAAGAAGAAACCUCCUUCCGAGGAUGAGAAAAGAAGAAAAAAGAUUGUGCCAGGAAGCUUGAUGAAAGCCGUGGUUAGGCCUGGCGGAGGCGAAUCAAGACCUACCGAGGGUGAUCAGUUAACAUAUCAUUGCACAGUUCGAACAACAGAUGGAGUUACUGUCGAGUCCACAAGGUCACAACUUGGAGGCAAGGGUAUCCCAAUGAGGCAUGUUUUGGGGAAAAGCAAGAUGCUUCUAGGGUUGCUAGAAGGAAUUCCCACAAUGUUGAAGGGUGAAGUUGCAGUGUUCAAGAUGAAACCUGAAAUGCACUACAGAGAGGAAGAUUGUCCGGUUUCAGUUUCUGACAGCUUUCCAAAGGAUGCUGAACUUCAUUUUGAGAUUGAAUUGAUAGAAUUCUCUAAAGUCAAGGUUCUCAGCUCUGAUUUGGGAGUCCUGAAGAAGGUUCUAGAAGAAGGGAAGAGUUGGGAAUACCCUAGAGAUCCUUAUGAAGUGAAAGCCAGGAUUUCUGCAAAGUCUGGAGAUGGAAGAGUGAUUCUAUCUGAUACUCAGGAUGAACCAUAUUCCUUCACCUUUGGUAAAUCUGAGGUACCAAUUGGUCUUGAAAUGGGAAUAGGAUCAAUGUCACAGGGAGAGAAAGCAGUGGUUUAUGUUACACAUCAAUACUUGAAUCAAACUCCACUGAUACCUACAACAGAAGGCGUUGAGGAAAUUAUUUUUGAGGUGGAGCUUGUCCACUUCAUUCAGGUACGAGAUGUGCUCGGAGAUGGACGCUUAAUCAAACGUCGUAUUCGUGAUGGAAGAGGUGAGUUUCCUAUGGAUUGCCCCCUUCAGGACAGUCUUUUGCGUGUCCACUACAAGGGCAUGCUUCUUAAUGACGAGAAAACAGUCUUUUAUGAUACGAAGUUUGACAACAAUGGUCAACCCUUUGAGUUCAGUUCAGGGGAGGGGCUUGUUCCUGAAGGAUUUGAAAUGUGUGUCCGGCUAAUGGUGCCUGGAGAGGUUGCUCUUGUCACAUGCCCUCCUGAUUAUGCUUAUGAUAAAUUUAAAAGGCCAGUUAAUGUUCCUGAAGGUGCCUAUGUCCAAUGGGAAAUUGAGCUUCUAGAUUUUAACACACCAAAGGAUUGGACUGGCUUCGGUUUUAGAGAAAUAAUGGAAGAUGUUGAGAAGAUUAAAAGCACGGGAAACAGGCUCUUCAAGGAAGGGAUGUUUGAACUUGCGAAGGCAAAGUAUGAGAAGAUUCUUCGUGAAUUUAAUCACGUUCAUCCUCAAGAUGACGAAGAGGGAAAGGAAUUCUCUGAAACCAGGAACUUGUUGCAUCUAAAUGUUGCUGCCUGCUAUCUGAAAUUGGGAGAGCAUAAAAAGUCUAUAGAAGCAUGCAAUAAGGUGUUAGAUGCAAAUCCUGUUCAUGUCAAAGCAUAUUAUAGAAGGGGAAUGGCUUACAUGGCAGCUGGAGAUUUUCAAGAAGCAAGGGAUGAUUUUAACAAGAUGAUGAGCAUUGACAAGUCAUCCGAGUCAACCUCAAAUGCAGCACUUAUGAAAUUAAAAAAAGAAGAGCAGGAAGUGCAUAGGAGAGCUCGUAAGCAAUUUAAAGGACUCUUUGACAAGAGACCGGGUGAAAUUGCUGAAGUUGAUGCUGGGGACGUAGUUAAAAUUGAGAAGCAUGAAGAGGGUCAUGAAACCAGAAGCUUCCUUUCUGCUGAAGAUGGUAUUGAUCAGGGUGCUGAUAUUCCACCUCGCAUGGGUAUCUUGUCCAAGUGCAGAAAAAUAUUCGAAUCUCUUGGACUAAACAGAUGCACCAUAUUGUGAGUUUUUGGUUUAAGCUGUUAAUUUUCUCCUGUUAUGAGUUAUGACACCAAUUAUACACACGCCACCCACGAGAAGAAAAUUAGGACUUUCAUUCAGUACAUCAAUUCCUAAACUCAUGUCUUUAAUGUAUGUACCAUUAUUAUGCUUAUCAUUCUUGAAAGAGUAUCGACUAUCGAGUUAAUACUAGAUGUAAGUUAGAACUGUUCUGUCAGGAAUUGGACCCAGACCGUGAAAGACCGUGAAAUAAAAGGUUCUUGAAUCACC